UUAAUUUGACAUUUCUGGAAGUCUUCGUGCAGUGCGGUGUGCUUCACGCCCUCAUUUCCCCUCAGCCACUCCGACAUCAUGGCGGACGCCGAUUCUUGGGACGCUGAUAGUUUCGAGACCGAGGAGCCUAUCAAAAAGGCGGCAGUUCAUGACAAAUGGGAGGGCGAGGAUGAAGACGACGACGUGAAAGAUAAUUGGGAUGAUGAUGAAGAGGAAGAAAAGGAGGAGGAAAAAAAGUCAGAGGACAAACCUACAGAAAAGAAGAAACUCAGUGAAAAAAGAAAAGAAAAGGAAAAUUUACAAAGAAAAAAACAAGAGGAGCUCCAAAAACAAUUAGAGGAGUCAAAAAACAGCACAGAACUCACAACUGAAGAGGAUCUGGCAAAAAAACUUAGAGUGAAAAAACUACAGGAGGAUUCAGACUUAGAACUAGUAAAAGAAGCAUUCGGUGUAGUAUCAAAUAAUGUUACAGGAAUUGAUGCGAUGAGUCCCUCUACAAAAGAAGACUUCACAGAGUUUGAGCGGUUGCUAAAAGAAAAAAUGUCUUCCUAUGAGAAGUCAGUACACUAUUCCAGCUUUUUAGAGACACUAUUUAGGGACCUGUGUCUUUCGUUGGAAGUUGACGACUUGAAGAAAGUUAACAACUCUCUAACAGUGUUACUAAGUGAAAAGCAGAGGCAAGAAAAGGCAAACAAAGGUAAAAAGAAAAAGAAGGGAGUUUUACCAGGAGGAGGUUUAAAAGCCACAAUGAAAGAUGAUCUCGCAGACUACGGGCAGUUCGGUGGUGGUUAUGCACAAGAUUACGAGGAUUUCAUGUGACCAAGGCUUAACCCAUUGAUAGUGUUUGCUGAUUGCUGAACCACACACCUUAACAGCAUGACCCCAGUCAGGCCCACUACCAGAACCAUGCUAGAAAACUCUGAACGCCAUCCCACGCAAUGCACACUCUCCCUUCAAAGAGGUUUAUGCAGAGAAUCAGUUAACUGCGGUAUCUUUCUCUAAUCUGUGAAUUUAGGUCAAUGUUUGUCGGAAUAAUAAACCCGAUAAAAUGGGGCCCUUCUCACAAAUGUGAAUCUGCAGUAUCGAUUAAUCAUCACAGUCCAGGCAACAGUGUUAUUGUUCGGUGACUGCUAUUUCUUGAAAAUAAAUGACAUUCUAUGCAAAUUUCGGUCCGGAUUUAUCUGUCGUUGGAUCCGCUUCGGUUGGUAUCCUUUUUGAAUGGGAUGUUCCUUUUGCAAACCAAGCCGAUUAACUCAACCUAUACAGCCUACAGUGGUGAUAUGGUAGUCAACUGGUUUAUAAAUCAUGUCUACAAUCAGACGUUUCAUUUUUUGUUCGUAGAUGAGCUCAUUUGUUUAGAUAAGUAAAUCUAUAGUGUAGUGUACCUAAUGUAAGCAGAAUGCUUUGAAAAUAACGCCUUUAUGUUUGUAGCUCAUAAUGCAUUCCAUGAAAAGUCUAAGAC